AUGACCAGGUUCAUGGCUCCAACGUUUGAAGCCAUGACUAUGUUCAUUGAGGAGUCUGCCCAGUUAUCAAGUAAUUUGUUUGGCCAAAACAUUUGCAAAUCGAAAAACAAACCAUCUGACAAAUCCUCAAAGCCAAAAGGAGGGUUCAAGGUAACAACAAUGUCGACUCAGAGCAACCCCACAGCUGGUAAAGGUAAGUCUAAAGCAAAGAGCGAUAGAAGUUGUCUUUGCUGCUCUGGGCGGCAUAACCUAGAGGACUGUAGGAACUUUGUCAAGAAAUCCUUCGAAGAGAGGAGGAACAUUACCAGGAAGCACAAGUUGUGUGAUAACUGCUUCCGACCUUCGCAUAUGUCGUCCGGAUGCAUGAUGAAAUCUAGAUGUACUGAGAAGGGAUGCCAACGGAAGCAUCACACCCUUCUUCAUGCUCCUGCAUCCUUCUUCAAGGAAAGAAAACUUGACAAAGCUAACCCCAAGAACUCUAGCAAUUCCCAAGAAUCCAACUCAGACACCGGGGCCGGUAGUUCAGAUGAAGAAGCCUCUAGCAGAGAAGCGGGCGACUGUUACAGCAGUGUAACUUCACAAAGAAAGGUAAGUCUAAGGGUCUUGCCAGUGAAGGUCCAAGGUAAUAGACGUGAAGUACAGACAUGGGCCUUACUAGAUGAAGGGAGCGAUAUAUCAAUCUGCUCCAAGGAUUUGGUAAGAGACCUUGGGAUGACAGGGUCACCACGGCGAAUUCAACUCACAACUGUCAAUGGGGUUGAUUCCCAGCAAGGUGAAGAGGUCAGCCUCAAGGUCAGGGAUAUCCAUGACAAGGAAGAGUUGGAUAUUCCACGUGUCUGGACAGUGAAGUCCUUACCGCUUUCCGAUUCUCUGAUUCCAGACAACAAGGACCUUCUUAAGUGGAGACACUUAAGAGGUAUUGAGUUCCCAUCGAUUGACGCAACGGAGGUCAAGCUUCUCAUAGGAGCCGACACCCCUGAAGCGUUUUGGGUCCUGGAACAGAGGAGAGGGAAAAGGAAGGAACCUUAUGCGAUACGCUGCCCUCUAGGUUGGACGCUAAUGGGGCCAACCACAAGGUCUAAGGAAACUACAGCCUUCCAUGUGAACUUUGCCCGGCUAGAAGAUGAAAGGCUUCAAAGCCAGGUCAAGAAGUUAUGGGAGUUAGACCAUGUGGUUGAGGAUAAUCCAGGAAGGAUGGGAGAGUCCAUCCAAGACAUGCGAGCGAGAGAACUCAUGCAGGAAAGCAUCAAGCUCGUCGAUGGCCACUACGAAGUAGGGCUACCUUGGAAGUAUCCAGACCCCGGACUUGAGAACAAUCGCCAUAUGGCUGAAGUCCGUCUUAAGUACUUGGAAAGGAGGCUGAAGAAGGAUUCUAAUCUAGCUGUCAAGUACACAGAGACUGUCCAAGGUUAUAUUGAGAAGGGAUUUGCGGAGAAGGUGCCAAGACAGGAAAAGGAAGAAAAUCUUCAGACUUCCUGUACAUGGUAUCUUCCUCAUCAUCCGGUCGUUCAUCCUCACAAACCUGACAAGGUAAGAGUUGUGUUCGACUGUGCAGCAAAGUGUCGUGGAACUUCACUAAAUGACACAUUGCUGCAAGGACCCGACCACACCAAUAGCUUAGUUGGUGUACUCCUGCGAUUCAGGCAGGAACCUGUGGCAGUUGUUGGUGACGUAGAGGCAAUGUUUCAUCAAGUAAGGGUGCCGAAGAAAGAUUGCGAUGCUCUCCGCUUCCUAUGGUGGGAAAAUGGUAACCUGGCCACAAAACCGGUAGAGUAUCGAAUGAAGGUGCAUCUUUUUGAUGCAACGUCAUCACCAAGCUGUGCAGGAUUUGCUCUUAGAAGAACUGCAGAAGAUAACCGACAUGAAUAUGACGAAGACGUCGUCAACACAGUGCUGGACAACUUCUAUGUUGAUGACUGCCUCAAAUCAGUGCCCUCUGACAAAGAUGGGGUGAGGCUAGUCCAGCAACUGAGAGGUCUUCUGCAGAAAGGAGGAUUCCGCUUAACAAAAUGGGUAAGUAAUAGUAGAGAAGUGCUUAACUCAAUACCUGAAACAGAAAAGGCUCCAUCUGUAAUUGAUAUGGAUCUGGAUACUCUCCCAAUUGAGAGAACGCUAGGAGUGUUGUGGGAUGUUGAUUCUGACAGGUUCGGCUUUAAGGUAAAUCUGAAGGACAGACCUGCAACCAGGCGAGGGAUACUGUCUAAGGUAAGCUCUUUAUACGACCCCCUUGGGUUCCUAGCACCUUUAAUCUUGGUAGCCAAGGUUCUUCUGCAAGGCAUCUGCCAGAAAGGUCUAGCAUGGGAUGAACCAGUGGAUGAAAAGGAUCUCCAGACCUGGCAAGAAUGGCUUGACGAUCUUCCCAGACUGACAGAGAUCAAGAUACCAAGAUGUCUCAAACCAGAAGUACUUGAAGAUCAAGUACUUUACCAGCUCCACUAUUUCUGCGAUGCAUCAGAGCUUGGGUAUGCAGCAGUGGCUUACCUACGCUUAGUGGAUUCUGCUGGUCGCAUACAUUGCUCAUUUGUUUGUGGUAAGUCUAGACUCAGUCCCUUGAAGGUCACCUCAAUACCAAGGCUUGAAUUGGCAGCAGCUGUACUAGCUGUUGACAUGAAUCACAUGAUUCAAGAGGAAUUAAGGUUACCGAUUGCUACCAAAACGUACUGGACAGAUUCAACUUCUGUUCUCAUGUACAUCCAAAAUGAGAGCCGAAGGUUCCAUACCUUUGUAGCAAAUAGAGUUGCUAAGAUUCGUGAGGCAACAGAACUGAGCCAGUGGCGACAUGUGAACACUAAACUCAAUCCAGCUGAUGAUGGAUCGCGAGGUUUGAAGGCUCAUGAUCUUAUCACGAAUCCAAGAUGGCUCUCAGGACCCGACUUCCUCAAACAAGAGGAAGAAAACUGGCCAUCUUCUCCAGCCAUCUUGGGAGAACUGAAGAAGGAUGACCUGGAAGUAAAGAAAGACAGAGUUCAUGUGAACACUGUCGUAACAAAUGACACUGUGCAAGAACUGUUGACCAGGUAUUCAUCCUGGAAUAGACUCAAAAGAGUCUUCGCUUGGAUACUUCGGUAUAAGAUGUUCUUGAGAAAUCGAGAUGCAGCAGCAAGGCUACCUCCAGGACUCACUGCAGAGGAAUUGAAAGAGGCAGAACUUGAAAUUACUAAACAAGUUCAGCUGAGAUCAUUUCCUUCAGAAGUGAUGACUGGAUCAGGGGAACCAACAAGGCGGCAAAAGGCAUCAGGUCCUCUGGACAAACUGAAUCCCAUCAUCACUGGUGGAGUACUGAGAGUUGGUGGUAGACUUUCAAGAUCUACUCAUGCAGAAGAUGCAAAACACCCUGCUAUACUCCCAAGAGAUAAUCAUGUGACUGACUUGAUUAUCCAACACUAUCAUGAAGAGGUUGGGCACUCAGGAGCGGUCAUAACCUUAUCAGCCAUAAGAGAAAGGUUCUGGAUAGUCAGAGGAGGAGCCACUGUUCGCAAGGUACUUCAAAGGUGUAUGAAGUGCAGAAAGAGAAGUUCCCGUCGAGGCGAACAGUUCAUGGCAGAUCUUCCAGCUGAGAGAGUGACACCAGAUAAACCACCGUUCACCUCUACAGUGGUGGACUUCUUUGGGCCUUUCAUGGUUAAGAGGGGACGCAGUGAGGUGAAGAGAUAUGCAUGUCUAUUCACUUGUCUUGCGUCAAGAGCCGUUCACAUAGAGAUUGCCUGUGCUCUUGACACAGAUUCCUUCAUUUGCGCCCUGAGAAGAUUCAUCAAUCGCAGAGGAAAACCGGAUCAGGUACUCAGCGACAAUGGAACAAACUUUAAGGGCGGACAUAAAGAAUUGAAGGAAAGUCUGGCUGCACUCAAUGACUCUAAGGUUGGGAAUUUCUUAACCCAAAAGGGCAUUGAGUGGCGCUUCAAUCCUCCUCUAGCCAGCCAUAUGGGAGGAGUGUGGGAACGUGUAAUACGCUCAGUGCGCAAAAUACUAGGAGGCCUACUUCAUCAACAAGUUAUGUCGGAUGAGGCAUUAGUUACGCUGAUGACGGAAGUAGAGGCUAUCCUUAACGCACGCCCACUCACCCCAUUGAGCAUGGAUCCAAAGGUACAGGAGCCUUUGACCCCAAACCAUCUCCUGCUAUUGAGGAAUAAUCCAUCCUUGCCCCCCGGCAUCUUCACAAAGGAUGAAAGCUAUGGCAGAAGGAGAUGGCGCCAUGUCCAAUUCAUCGCGGAUCAGUUUUGGAAGCGAUGGGUUAAGGAAUAUCUUCCACUCCUUCAACCGAGACAGAAAUGGACCAGGGACAAAAGAAACUUCGAACAAGACGACCUUGUCUUGGUGGCGGACGAUAAUGCACCUCGUGGGCAGUGGCCUUUGGGUAAAAUUGUGGCCACUUAUCCAGACAAGCAAGAUAUCACCAUGCUAGCCCAGUACCUAUAG